AUGGAACCCACCCAAUUGAUUUCUCAAGAGUGGGAUUCUCUUAGUGGACAGUACACAGCUGAAGAAGCUGAUUUCAUGACUCAGUUCCUUGGUGGAAACUAUUCAUGUUUUCCUUCUAAUGCUAACUUUAUGUGUUUCCCCCAAGGGAGUAGCUCAAGCACAGAUCAUAGUGAUGAUAUCUUUUCUACAGUCACAGCAAGUAAUGGACCAUACUUAUGUGAUCCGGCAACUCACAUUGAUUCAUUGUCCAUGUUUUUUAGUCCACAAUAUUUGGAUGAUAGCUUAAUCAAACAGAUAAACUAUGAAGGCAUUGAUCAUGAAAGGUCAUGUUUAGAGCCAGGGAAACUGGCUCAUGCUCCUGACAACAAUUUGCAAGCUAAGAGGGAGCAUGAAAUGAUGUUUGUUUCAGAAGAGGAUAGAACCGAAAACAUGGAGAAUCCUGCAAAAAGAUUUAGGAGCUCAAAUGCUUCCAUGGAGCUAAAUGAGGGAACAUGUCAUGAAGUGUCGAAUUUAUGUAGAAAAUCAAGAGCAAGAAAUGGUCCUGCAACUGAUUCUCAAAGCAUUUAUGCAAGAAGGAGAAGAGAAAGAAUAAAUGAAAGAUUGAGAAUCUUGCAGACCCUUGUCCCUAAUGGAACCAAGGUGGACAUUAGCACCAUGCUUGAGGAAGCUGUUCAAUAUGUCAAGUUUUUGCAGCUUCAAAUUAAGGUUCUGAGUUCUGAUGAUAUGUGGAUGUAUGCUCCAAUAGCUUACAAUGGAAUCAACAUUGGAUUAGACCUCAGCUUUUCUUAAACCAAGAUGUGAUCAUGAUAGCAUAGCAAUUCAAGAGGAUAUAUCAUUUCUUAGCAUCCACUGUUGUUUUAUUGUGAUAUUUAGUUUAUUUGUAUUACUAGACUAAUUCAUGUUUAAUUUGUUCAUAUUUUACUUAAAGUUCAAACAAAUACACAAAUUU